AUGAGUGUAACACGAUUUGAAUGUUUACCGAACGAGUUAGUUUUUGAAAUAUUUGAAUACUUUGACAAAUGUGCUCUCUAUUAUUCGUUCUACAGUUUAAAUACUCGUUUAUCGUAUCUUCUUACUGCAAAACAAUGGUAUUUAUUGAAUUUUAUUAACAGUAAUAAACUGACAUUCGCUCGUGUUUGUCAAAAUAUAAUUCCACAAUAUAUUCGAUCACUAUCGCUUUACAAUCGGCAUUCGCCUAUUACUGAAUGUAGUAUUAUUAUUAAUCAAAUACCAAUGUUUUUCUCAUUGUUUUCAGUUGUAGAAUUAGUCAAUCUUUGUACUUUGAAAUUAUUUGAUAUUAAGGAACAUGAGUUAAAAUUAAUUUCAUUCGAUUUAUACAAUUUAUCUUAUCUAUUGAUUGAACUUGAUUCGAGACGAACAACUCAACAAUGCUUUUCAGAAACAUUUUUAUUUUUAUUAUUAUCGAAUGCAAUUCCAACGUUAAGAAGAUUAUCGUUCAGUGCUAAUGGUACAGUCAUCGAUUUUAAACAGCAGGUUGCAACAACAACAUCAAACAUUGAAUACUUAUCAAUGAAUAAUAUCUGCAUCGAUCAUAUGGAACAACUAUUGAAAUAUGUACCACGAUUGAAAUAUUUUAGUUAUUCAAUAGAUACGAGCUAUCCCGAAUUUUACACAAUAACUGUCAACAAUUUACAAUCAAUUGUGUCCAAUUUAGUAUGUUUGAAAUUAAAAUUUAAUUUCAAGUUGGAUUUUGGCUAUAUUGAAACUGUUCUUGGAGAAUUUCCAAAAUUAAAAUAUUUAACACUAGAAGUAACUACAUGUAUGGAAGAUAAGAAAUUAGUUGAUGGCAAUCAUUGGAAACAAUUGAUUCAAAGAUAUUUACCACUAUUGACAAAAUUUUCUUUUUUAUUCAAAAUAGGCACUGCUAUUCCUGUAGAUAUAGACACGUUUCGAACAUCAUUUUGGUUUGAUGAACAUCGAUGGUUUGUUCAAUAUGAUCAUCAUAUUAAUAAUAUGUACAGUUAUGUUUAUACUCAUCCAUACAUCAAUCGUCAAUUUGAUAUCGAAGCUAUAUCAACAUGUACUACAGUAAGAACUGCACCAUUAUUUCUACAACGAACUAUGUAUAAUAAUGUUCGACAACUAUCAUUAACAUUUACUAUUUUUGGUGAAACAAUAUUAUCCGAUCGAUAUUAUUCAAAUAUUUCUACUUUAAAAAUAUCAAAUGAACACAAAAUUUAUAUAUCAUUUUAUAAAUUAAGGACAUUAAUAAAUUUAUCUACUAUUAAACUAUUAAUAUUUGAUAAUAAUAAAACUCAAAUUAUUUAUCGAUUAUUCAAAUAUUUACCAAAUUUAAAUUCAUUAUAUUUAUACGAUUCUCAUUUGAUACAAAUAACAAACAUUUUUGAUUCAUAUUUAAAUGAAAAGAUUCAAAAAAUAUUUAUAAAUUUAUCAACAAGCAUUUCCAAUAGACAAUUAGAAAAUUUGUUUAGAACUUUUUCAAAUUUAGAUGAACUUCAUAUACGAAUCGAUAAUAUCGAUGAUAUUCUUUUAAUAAUUAAUAAAAUGAGAAAAUUAUCGUUUUUAUUCGUACAAUGUAGUGAUGAACAACGAUUGAGACAGCUAGACGAUAUACGACAAUGGUUGAUGGAAAAUACGUUGUUAAACAAUAAUUUUAAUCUUAUCCAACAAGCAUCAAAUGAACUACACAUUUGGAUUGAUCGCUACUGUUUAUGA